UCGUUCUCGCAAACGUUUUUUUUUUUUAUUCUCGAUCCAAGUUUCUAUUCAUAGAUUUUGUACUUAUCCUGUUGCACGCAUUCGGUUUGGCAAAGUUCACCACUUGUCACCAAUCUACUAUCUAUAUACGCGCAGCAUCAAGAUUCGCAAUGGCAUACGCAGUCCUGCGAUUGCUGACGACGGCCGCGGUGUCGCUGAUGAUCGUCGCGCCGUCCACCACCGGCAGCCCCGUGUCCGCGUACGGUUACGCGGCCACCGCGCACGCAUCACCACGUGCUUACUACAGGCCAGCGGCGGACGACGAGCAUGCGUCCACGCCGGCCAAGUAUAAUUUCGCGUACGACGUGGCCGAUGCGUACACGGGCGACUUCAAGAGCCAGACGGAGGAGCGGGACGGCGACUUCGUCAAGGGACAGUACACAGUGGUCGAGCCGGACGGCACCAGGCGCGUGGUGGACUACACGGCGGACGAGGAAAACGGGUUCAACGCGGUCGUAUCAAAGGAAGGGCACCCGACCGCCGCAGCCGCCCCGCCUGCUUACCGCAAACCGACCUACAAGCCGGCCGUCGCGGCCGCUUACCGCCCGGCGCCAGCCGCGGUCGACCGGCACCACGCCGCCGCUUCCGCUUACUCGACCGCCUACCCGGCCCAUUACCCAGCUAACCACCCGAGCAACCAUCCGGCCUACCACUCGGGCAACCACAGGGUCAACUACCCCAUCGCCUACCCUACCGCCUACCCCGCGGCCGCUUACCCAACGAGCACGGCCUACCCGCUGGCCCCGCUGUACAAGUCGGCCUACAAGCAGCCACCGCGGCCAUACCCGUACGCGUCGUACUAAACGCAUCUGGUGGUCGCCGCCGUGUUGACAUCUCAUCGUCAACCGAAACCGCCACGUCGACGAACCUGUACAACGUGAUAUUAUACCGUACACUGGCGGCGCAUCAUUCAAGCAACAGCAUAGUUACGAUAAAUUCUAUUUUGAACGCUUACGUAAGACAGUACAGCUUACAGCUGGUGAAAAUAAAUCGCAUAAGAAUUGUCAGCAUUGUUGUAGCAUUAGAAUUGUGUCGGUAUGUGUGUGCGCGAACGUGUAACGUGAUCGUUGACCGUGUACAUACGAUACGACAAAAUACGACAAAUAAAAUCAAUUUUUACGAAAAAUA